CGCCCAAUGGGAGCUCGUCCUGGACCUAGGGACCCCGCCCCGUGCCCCCGCUCCGGGGAGCGGCGGAGAGUAAAUACAACAGGAGCGCAAAAUGGCGGAACCGCCGAACCCAGCUCGCGGCGCCUUGGCUGUCCUCUCCGAGAAGGAAGCAUUUGGCAAACUACAGCCUUCCUCGCGGGAGUCACCGGGUUCUAUGUCUGCCAAGAAGGUUCGCACCGAGGAGAAGAAGGCGCCGCGGAGAGUGAACGGGGACGGGGGCAGCGGCGGGAACGGCGGGCAGCUGCAGUCGCCCGCCGCCCCGCCGCCCCAGAGCUACGGCAGCCCGGCGGCGUGGAGCUUCGCGGCUCGCUCCUCCACCUCCUCCGCGGCCACCUCCCGGAGCUGUUACUCUUUCUCCGCGAGCCAGAGCGUCUCCUCAGCCUCCCCGUCCUCGUCUCAGCCGCUGCCGCGCAAACUGCUGGUCGCUCCCUCGCUGCUGCACGCUCAGCCUCACCGCGUCCUGCUCCCGCCCGUCACUCCGACGGCCGCCGCCAAGCCGCGCCGACCCAAGGAGAAGCGCGAGAAGGAGAAGCGGAGGCACGGCCUCGGCGGCGGCGCCGCCCGGGAUGAGAACGGCGAGGCGAAGCUGCCACCGCGAGAUAAAAUCAAAGACAAAAUUAAAGAGAAGGACAAAGAAAAAGAGAGAGAGAGAAAGAAGCAUAAAGUAAUGAGUGAGAUCAAGAAAGAAAACGGAGAUGUCAAGAUUUUACUGAAAAGUGGGAAGGAGAAACCAAAAACAAAUAUAGAAGACUUACAAAUUAAAAAAGUAAAGAAGAAAAAGAAAAAGAAACACAAAGAGAAUGAAAAACGGAAGCGUCCGAAAAUGUAUAGCAAAUCUAUUCAGACCAUCUGUUCAGGAUUGCUGUCUGCUGAAGAUCAAGACGCCAAAGGCAUCUUAAGUGAUAACGUAAAGGAUUGCAUUGGGAAAAAUUUGGAUACCAAAAACUGUGGUUCAAACGUUCCUGACAACAGUGACUUUCCAUUCGUGUCCUUAAAGGAGCCUCGCGUUCAGAAUCACCUUAGAAGGCUGGACACUUUGGAGUUCAGGCAGCUCCUCCACAUCGAGCACCAACCUAACGGAGGUGCGUCUGUCAUCCACGCCUACAGUAACGAACUCUCCUGCCUGUCUCCCGUGGAGAUGCAGAGAUUUGCAGAAGAAUUUGUGGGCUUAGUGUUCAGUGAAAAUGAAAGCUCUGCAGCUUUCUAUGUAAUGGGUAUUGUUCAUGGGGCAGCUACUUACUUACCUGACUUUUUAGACUACUUUUCAUAUAAUUUUCCCAAUUCACCAGUGAAAAUGGAGAUACUGGGAAAGAAAGAUAUAGAAACAACGACUAUGUCCAAUUUUCAUGCUCAGGUAAAAAGAACGUAUUCUCAUGGUACUUACAGAGCCGGCCCGAUGCGACAGAUAAGCUUAGUGGGAGCAGUUGAUGAAGAAGUGGGGGAUUACUUCCCCGAGUUCCUUGACAUGUUGGAGGCGUCACCGUUUUUAAAAUGUACAUUGCCAUGGGGAACACUAUCUAGUCUAAAAUUAGAGAGUCGGAAAGAUAGUGAUGAUGGUCCCAUCAUGUGGGUGCGUCCAGGAGAACAAAUGAUCCCUGUGGCUGACAUGCCAAAGUCACCCUUCAAAAGGAAAAGAACUACCAAUGAAAUAAAAAACCUUCAGUAUCUACCUCGAACCAGCGAGCCUCGGGAGAUGCUGUUUGAAGACAGGACGAGAGCCCACGCAGAUCACAUAGGACAAGGCUUUGAACGACAGACCACCGCGGCUGUUGGAGUGCUCAAGGCGGUGCACUGUGGGCAGCGGCCUGAGCAACCCCGAGUAACCAAAGAUGUAAUUUGUUUUCAUGCAGAAGAUUUCUUAGAAGUAGUUCAACGAAUGCAGUUAGACUUACACGAACCGCCACUGUCCCAGUGUGUGCAGUGGGUGGACGAUGCAAAACUGAAUCAGCUGAGGAGAGAAGGCAUCCGCUAUGCCAGGAUCCAGCUGUAUGAUAAUGACAUUUAUUUUAUUCCAAGGAAUGUUGUCCAUCAGUUCAAGACAGUUUCAGCUGUAUGCAGUUUGGCGUGGCAUGUUCGACUUAAAUUAUAUCAUGCAGAGGAGGACACUUGUCACAGUCCAGUUACUCAUGAAAAAGGCACAGCAUCAGGUCCCACAGCAUCAGUUCUUGGAACUCACACUGAGAGCCACACCUCCUCAGACUCGGUGUUGUCAGACAAACUUCAUUCGAAGUAUGAAUCACAACAAGUUAAACAUGAACCUGUUGCACCUCUAAGAAUCAAGGAAGAACCCGUGACGGUUACUGUACCUGAAAAGAUUAGAACACCAAAUAAUGCAGAAGGCAAGAGCAGUAAGGCAAAGCUGGAUCAUGUUCAGUUUUCAGAUUUUCAGAUUGACAUGGAUUCUAAAUUUGAGAACACCAACAAAGACUUAAAGGAAGACUCGUGCCCUGGAAGUGUCAGUAAUACAGUGGAUACACGGCAACAUAGUUCUAUACAUUCAAAUCAAGACAAAAGUGAUGAUGACAAUUUGUGCUAAAUUUGUACAUUGCGUAUAACCUUUCUUUUAAAAAUAAUUUGUAAUGAUUCAUGAAAUCUGAAAGCAAGGCUAGGAUUGCUCUCAAGUCUGUUACAAAAUAUAGUUGAUGUAGCUUUGUAACAUUCCUCAGUGCCUGUCCGUAACUGUGAAGAAGUAUCAAGCACUUAGGCCAGAUGCACCGGAAACAUCGCAGGCUUAAAUACACAGGAGUCUUUAGAAAAGUCAUUUGAGUUGGAGUUUUAGGCUUUAGAGUAGAGCUGACAAAAUCAUAUAAAUAUAUUUUUUGUAAUAUGAGCCAGAUUUUUUUUUUUGAAAAUUUAAGGUUUUUCCAUAGAGCUUAUUUAUACCAGCGUUUUUUCAUUUUAAAUGUGUCAGCACUGUAGUGUAAAUAGCUUUACAAAACCUUUUUAGUGUGAUUUAUAUUGAAAUGUGAGCCACUUAAUAAAGGUUCAUAAUAAAUGCUUUCUCUUGAGCUUGCAAAAACAUACUGACAAUUCAGUUUGUUUGAUAUAUUAUGUUUUUGUUAACAUAUACAUGAGGGGAAGUGAUGGAAGGAAAAUGUGUAUUCAACUCUAGUUAAUAUUUAAAUUUUUCCAUACUGUACAAGCAUUCAAAAAGCCACGAUUCAGUUACGAAAGCAUAUACAUAUGGAGUGAGUGUGUGUGUGUGUGUGUGUGUGUGUGUGUGUGUGUGUGUAUACACUUACAUGUGUGCUUGGGAAUGUAUAUAUGUACAUUGUUUUGCACAAUUUCUUAAAUUGAUGAAUAUAUAAAAAUUCUUAGUGCUACUUCCUGGAUUGUAUUCUAAAAUAUUUAUGUUCAACAGUAAGAAAAUAAUUUAAUUAAUAGAGUUUUAGAAGCUGGGAGAAACUAAGUACGUUGAUGGCUUUUAUCCUUCUAAUUAAUGAAGUUAAUGUGGCUGGAGUCUUCAGCUCUAGAGUAAUUUUUCUUGUGCAAGUAAUAAGUUUAAAAAAUUUUCUAAUAAGCACCUGUAUGUUUAGUAAUAGCUGACUAAAAAAUUGACAUACAGAAAGUUUAAUUAUGAGUAAUUAGAAGUCUUCUUUUACAUUUUUCCAUAUCACAAAAAUGAGCUUUUAAACUAAGGGCAGUGACAGUGACCUGACCGUUGUCCACAAUGUAACUAGCAAACACUGUCAGACUCUUCACCAGCCUGCAGGGCACACAGUAGGUGGACUUCCUCUAAACAUGCUCUAGGGAGUGCACUGCGCAGGACAGGACGGCCAGUGCCUGCAAGGUGAGUAGACAUCUGCACCCGUGGGCUUCAGCACGCCUCGUCUGCUCCCACUUCCGUAUGGUCGUCUGCUCCCACUUCCGUAUGGACGUGUGUGGGGAUGGAAGGAGCCCUGAUCAUCGCAAACAUUUUGGUGUUUGUUUUAUUCUGGGUCCCUGCCUUGAUUGAUGGCUUUCAGUUGGCUUUCCUUGUGCUGCGUUGCCUUUUGGGAGACCACGGUUUCCAUUUCAGUGGGUUCCAUGUUCACCUUAUUUUUGGUAAGGCAUCAAAGCUAUGCUUCUAGUUGGGGAGAAACCACUUAGAGAAAUGUAUUUCACUAGAACUGAUGAAAAACAACACCAACAGCAGUGUCUUAUCUCCUGACUUGAGGUAGGCUAAUAAAGUAGGAAAUGCUGAUGGCUUAUGGGAGGAUCUCAGGAUGUUUGCAGUGGGGAAGGUCCAUGGAAUAGAGAAAUUAAAAAUCAUGACGGUGUAAAUAGGGAUUUGGUUUUCUACAUAACUAGCUGUCUUUCACUGCACUCAUUUAAUCUACUCUAAGCUAAAUUUAGGGUUCUUCACCAUCCUUCUUAAGAUGGGACAGCAAAAAUUCUUAACAAAUGAGUAUUAAGAAAUAGGGAUAUUGUUAAAAUUUAGUUUUUAAAUUGAUGGUGAUAUAUUUUUCACAGUGUGUUUUAUUUCUAGUCACAUAUAUGUAUACCUACUAAGGUCAUACUGUAAGAAAAUGCUGUUAGGAUAUCUCCAAAAUAUACGAGCCUUAAGUUUUAGCUUAAAGGAAGGAAUUUCUGAGAUAGCAUAGCCAUUGCUUUUAGGUAUAGUUUCUUAUGUAACCCUUAGUUAACAUAGUUAUCCAUAUAGAUUUACAUCUCUGUGAAGGUGAAGUGUGUGUAAAGCAGCACGUUCCUGAUUUCAAGAUAAACCCUUACAGACUUGAAUCAUGCUUAGGCCCCAGGCUUACGGGUUAAUUUUUAAAAUCCUCUUCAGAUGCCAUCUGAGAACUUGUUAACUACCUUUGUUACACACAAAUUCCUAUUUUAAUAUUGCAUAAUCAUGUUUUUUUUAGUUAGUACACCCCCAUUCUCCAUGUGAAUAUAAGAUUUUUAUUUCUAGUAUCUUGGACCAGAACAAUAAAGCACUCAAGGUAUAGUUUUAAUAAGGUCAUAUGCUAUAUAGAGUGAGUAUUAUAUAAGUUAUUAAGUGAUAUACAGACCUAUACAUAAAAACUUAGGUACCUCAAUGGUAUUUGAUAUAUAUACUUCCCCUUUUUCUAAUUUUAUUUAUAUAUUCCUAUCUGUCUAAGUAGUAUAUAUCCCAUACUCAGGUUAGCUAUCAAGGAAUUAAAUAAACAUUUUUAUUUUUAGUUGCAAAUUUACUUAAAGCCAUAUAUUGAUUACCUUCCUUAUAACAAAACUAUUGACCUUAACGAUCAGGUUGGUUUAUCACAACACUGUGUAUUUGUAUUUAUGUAUGUAUUUCUGAAUAAGUUUGUUUGAAAUGUUUCCAAAAUAGGAGGUAUAGAAAGUUGAGGAUGGGGAAGAAUUUCUUAGGCUAAAUGUUUAAGGAAUGUAAUUAAUGUACUCAAAGUAAGUUUUUUUUUUUUUUUUCUAAUUUCAGUUCUAUGUUGUAAGGGUUUUUUGGUUUUUUUUUUCCUUUUUUUUUGUAAAUAAUAAAUUAGCAUUGCUUGGUAAAUUUGCUUUCUUGAGGGUGUUGGAAGGGACAACUUAUUUAUAUGUAAAGUGAUUAUUUCCAUUUAGUCAAGGUACAGAUUUGUUCUUGGCAUUUGAGAGGCUAUUUUCCUUGUCUUCCACCUUUAAAUAAAUACUAAGAUUGAUAACCACAA